AAUUCAGCUCAUCUUAUAAUUUUGUGAAAAUGUUACUUUUCCAUAUAAUUGAAAAUUAGUUUUAAUUAAAAAACUGUGUUGUGUUAAAAGUGUCGCGGAACAGAGUGUAUUUUCGAAGCAACUCUUAUUAAUGUAGCGAAUUAAUUAUCGCUUGUGUAAUAGCUUUUAUAAGGCAUUAACAUACAUAUGUACAAAUAUACUAUACUGGAAAAAAGUGUUAGCAGCUGUAAAUAUAACAAUAAUUGUGGUCAUUAGGCUUAAAGGAUGUUGGAAAAAAGUCGGUUGGAAAAGCUCAUUCAAAAUCAUGAACUUGGACAACAAUAUCGGGUUGUUCAACGGAUUAAAAACGAUGGUCACUGCAACAACAGAUUCAAUUCUUGUAAUUGAUAAAAUGAAAAAGAAAAAAAAAUAAAUUGUUUCAAUAAAUCAUUAAUACGUUAAUAAUUUAAGUGUGAAGAAACUAAUAUUAAUAUUAAGUACUUCUGCUUGGAAUUUGUUGAAACGAAAUGGGGGCAAACACUUCCAGCAGUGGUUAUCCGAUAGCCACCACUACUGAAAGCGCAAGUGCCAGUAGUGAGAACGUCAAUGGAAACGUCUCGCUGCUACAGCCGAUCAACUCUGCAAGCAUGGUAUCUACAAGCUCUAAUGGUAGCGGCGGUGGCGGUCCUGGUGCGACUGUCGCUUAUAGCGGUGCGCACUACCAUCGUGAUCAACGGCGAAAGCGAGUAACGGGAUUUGCAACACUCAAGCGAAAAUUUAUACGUCGACGGCGUUCAUCAAAAGCCUGUGAUCACGCGCGUGUCUUACGCGACUUUGUGUCUGACUGGGCACCGCUUGAAUUGGCAGCACUCUGUGAGGAGUUUGAAGCACUGGCAGCACUGAGGGAUUUAUCAGUACAAGCAGAAUUGGCGCGACCACCAGCAACAACGUAUAAACAAGAUCUGGCAGCUCUUUAUGAUUCCAAUCUAUGUACGGAUUGUGACCUUGUAUUUCGUGGAUCAAUUUUUCCGGUGCAUCGUUCCAUAUUAUCCUCACGUUGUACAUAUUUUCGUGACCUGCUUUCUGGUUGUCCGGGCUUUGGAGCACGCAUAUGUCUCGAGCUCCCUUCGUCACCUAUCGAUGUCCAAAUAUUCUCGUCAUUGCUACGUUAUUUGUAUACGGGCGAUCUUUGUCCGCAUGAUCCGAAUAUAAAUAUUAACUUGCUGCGUCAACUAGGUAACGAUUUUGGUACGCCUAACCCCCUGGACCAUGAUCUUCGAUAUUUGUUGGAAACGGGCGAUUAUGCAGACGCCGCAUUAGUAUUCACAGCUGAAGGCACAAAUGAUUAUUUUCGCCAAGACUCUGGUAAUUCUGAAUACGGCUUUCGGCCGAAACUUGAGCUUCCAUGUCAUAAAGCUAUACUUAGUGCGCGUUCACCAUUCUUUCGCAAUCUUAUUGCCCGCCGAAUGCGCAACAUAGACGAAUACGUAGAACGCUCUAUACACGUACCCACGCGCAUUGUACUUGAUGAGACAGUUAUACCAAAGAGGUAUGCGCGUGUACUUCUGCACGCUAUAUAUUUAGAUACAGUUGACUUGGCGCUCAUACUACGUGGUGCUGGAACCGGCAGCUCCUCUGGCUCUCUUGGUGAGGUCCAUGCAUUAACUAACACUGGUCGUGUGAGACCCACUACUCUUGAAGAAGCUAUGGAGCUUUAUCAAAUUGGACGGUUUCUAGAACUUGAUAUUUUAGCGCAGGGCUGUGAAGAUUUAAUACUUGAGUGGUUGUCACUUGAUACUCUAUCAAUGGUUCUAAAGUGGGGCUGUCAACCACAUGGCUCUGCUUGGGUUUUUCGUCAAGCAUGCCAGUACUUACGCGAGGAAUUUGCCUCAGUUAGCGCUUCACCAGUGCUCAACCAGAUCGAUAAAGUACAGCUUGUGCAUGUAUUACAAAGUAACUUCUUACAAGCAUCCGAGUUGGAAGUAUUGCAAGCUGUUCUUAAGUGGGGAGAACAGGAGCUUAUUCGGCGCAUGGAAGAUCGUGAACCGAAUCUCCUAUCGCACACGGCUCACUCGGUGGCUAGAAAGGGCGUUAAAAAACGUGACUUGAGUGACGUCGAGUUGCGUGAGAUACUUUCCGAGCUACUACCUCUGGUUAGAAUGGAUCAUGUUUUACCGCCAAACAGUGAGGUGCUGUGCCAAGCGAUACGCCGUGGUCUUGUUAGCACACCGCCAUCGCAUAUGAUUGGCGACGAGCGGGAAAAUUUACGAGUAAACGCUUGGAUACGUGGAGGAAAAAACCAAGGACUUUUUGUACGACCACGACUCUUUAUGCCGUAUUUUGAAGAAGUUAAGGCUCUACUAGAAGAUCGUAUGUCCUCAUCUCAUCACCAAGUUGAACUCAUGCGUAUGCGUAGGUCGCGACAUUUCCCCGACAUUCCGGACACCCUUUACAUGGUAUCACGCAUGAACUCUGCUACAAAUAGCGGAUUUACCUCUGGUGUCACCUGUGGUAUUGGCGAUAACGCGGAUAAAGUUGAUCAUAAUACCAUACCAACCCCAGAUAGUCAUACGCUUGCAGCCAUGCGUAAGCGUGAGCAUAAACUUCGUCAAUCUCCAAUGUGUCAACGAGCACUACUGCUGCCACUGUCAUCAAAACACGAAAUCGACCGUCAAAUUCGUCUACGUGUAGUGAGAGAGUUCAAUCUCCCAGACGAAGUAUCUGAUCUGUUAGAAACCUCCCUUUUAACGAACCAGGACAGUGGUAGAGGUAGAGAAGAGUGCAAUAGUAUGCCUUCAACUUCUGAAACGGAGGAGUGUCUGUUAGAAGCCGAGGACCAAAGUCCGCCGCCGUCGCCGGCAGCUACCGGCUGUGCACUGCAAGCAGCUGUUGCCGCUUCAUUUUUAUCGACCUCAUCAAUGGCCCCCUCAGUUACAUCCGCGUGCGGUGUGGAUGGUGUGCAACAAUGCUACACUCGAAAUUUGACUUUUCCACGUCAGCAGCCAAGCAGCCUACUCGGUGUCGCAAGCUUUUUGGCAGCUAGCUCGGGCUCGGCACUACAAUCAAGCUAUGCACGCCUAUCGACAUCAGUGCAUCAUCGCAGCGAGUUGCCAUCGUUAAUUACAGAAGGCGAUUUUCGAUUCCCACAUCGCAAUGCUUUGAGCAUAGACCGAGGAGGUGAGGGUGGUGCCUGCGGCUUAGACACUGGCAAUGGACAUCUUUCUGAUAUGAUGCCCGAUGUGGCCAUGGCCACAGCAUCGUUGGGUCAGCUCCAUCUAAGCAGUGGAGGGUCUGGUUGUGUGAGUAACGUCAGUAGUCGUCCCAUCGGAAGUAACAGUGAUACGUCAGAAAGUUUGCAACUUGAUUUAGGAGACGGCCCAUCUCCACAUAUAAUUAAUACUGCUGCUGGUGUCAUAACUUUGCGAAACUUACAGCAUCAACUACCACAGAGCAACUACCACCACAUAAUACAGCGCUCAAAUUCGCCAUUUGACAUUCUGCGGCAGGGGCAGCACUCGCCUGCUCCACAACCUCCUCCUUCAGGUGCAUUAAAUUCCGGGCCACCUAGGUUUUUAUAGAGGUUGCAAGUAGCCCCCGAUAAGGGGCUUUUCUUUAGCGCUCCAUUCUGAACAAAAUUAAUAAACAUUUAAAUUUCAAGAAAAAUUAGAUAAUUUAAAUCUUAAAUAAUGUAAGUAGCGUGUAAAAAUUAAGAUACAACAAAUGUAACUUACCAGAAAAUGUACGCACUUAAUAUCAACAUUUUGUUUUUCUACACUUUUAAUUUAAGAGAAGCGUAUGUACAAAAUAGAAAUUAAUAAUAUUAACAUACCAAUAUCUGACGCAAUUAAAAGUACACCUAGUUUUUUUUUUAUAAUAAUAAUCAAA